AUGAGUGCAACCAAAGGUGACACACAAGACAUAGAUCAGCUAUACGCACAAGCAUUGGCGCGGCUGCUGGCCCUGGCCCUUGAUACUUUGCUAGAUCCAUUACUACGUGCUGCUCAUGACAAGGAGCAAUCAAAGUAUCUUUUUGAGAAAUUGUUGAGCAAUCCAGCGCAGUUCAUUCAGGUGCUGUUGGACAUCGGUGAUGACUCGGGAAAGUUGAUCCAGUCUGUGUUUACUCAAAACGAGCCCAGUAGGGAAGCUGUUCUCAACAUUUUGUCAGCCUUGCGGGCAAAUAUAAAAAGUCUCCGUCAUAACGAUACAGCUCAUUUAGAGAGCUACUUGGGUAUCUACUUUGCAAUAAUAUCAAAGACCAAGGUGUCAAACCCACAACACUUGAGCCUUUUCCUUUCAUAUGUCGGUGCAAGCCCCCGAAUAAAUCACAGAGUUUUGCUUAUUCUAGUGCAAAGCUUGCAGCUUGAGAAAUCCGAAGCAGCGAACGUGGCGAGCGAAUAUCUAGAGCUACAAAUGGACGACUCGCUGCUUGAUGCAACUUCAUUCAUCAAUUUCCUUGCAGUGCUUGAAAUGUGUUUUCCUCUUGUUCCAGAAGUGUGUGCUCAGAUUUACACUGACAACAAGACAAAGGAGCACAUUUUAAGAGGCAAGGAUGAGUUUAGAAAUUCCACCGUCCCCAUAUUGAAAUGCAUUUCGAGCUCUUGUAUGAUUGAAAACUGCAGAAGCUUCACCUCCAACGCGUACUACGAAUUUUUAACCAAGGCAUUCAACUCGGGUACCUAUCAUGCAGAAAUCCUCGCGGGUCUAGUAUUGGCCAAAGUGUGGAGCACCGUGCAAGGAACAAGUAAUCAGCAGCACCGGCACGACUUGAAAAUUGCUGAUGUUGCAGGGCGUCUCAUGCUCUUCAUAGAUGAGCAAACAACAAAAAACGAUCAAAUGGAAUACAACGAAUACGCCAUUGAAGGAUUGUCGUAUUUGAGUCUAUACUGGGAACCCCGUGAACUCAUGAGAAUGGACGUGACAUUUAUGGAAAAACUCUUGAAAGUAUUACAAGGCUCAUCAUCAGCUGCUCUGAAUAUCAACACUUCGGUUCAAUACGGAAUACUCACAAUCUUGGUCAAUUUGACUAAAAGCAAACAGAGCGCAACCACUGCUUCGGCGCGUGAAAAGUUAAAGAAUGCAGCUAGCCCGAAAGUUGGUUCAGAAAGCGAAGAAGAGAAAACCGCCAAUAUUCAAUUGUUCAACGCCGAGCUAUUGAAAGAUGACAGACUUGUGUCUCAUUUGUGCAAAAUCAAGACGUUUGAAUCUUCAAGCACAAACAUUUCCAACACGGUGGUUGAAAUCGUCUACAAUUUGUCUUGUGAUCAAAAAAAGUCACUUCGAACGGAAUUGGUGAAACAGGGUGGUUUAACCGUGCUUCUAUCGUACCUCAUCAAGCACAGCAAGAUGGAGAAAGUGGGUGGCGCUAAUAGUGGUGCUGGUGGCAGUGGCAGGGUGGUUGCUGCUCCGCUGGACCCCGAUAAAUUGUUUCUAGAACACCGCAUGAGGGCCUUGAGAGGAGUCUGCCGGAUGUUGAUUUCAGUUGAUCCAAAGCUUGCUUUUGACAAGUAUGACGUCAAGACAGUGGUGCCAUUUUUAAUAGAGUUGCUUGACCAAAAUGACCUGAUGGCUGACUUAAAUGGGUCCAUGACCAUUUUGGACAAGUACGAGGCGCUUCUUGCAUUGACGAAUAUCGCAGCAGCUGAAGAUCCUCAAUUGCAAAAUUUCAUCAUUCUCGAAGUGAUGCCAUGUGUCGAUGACUUGAUUCUUCUGGAAUUCCAGCUUCAAAUAGGAACUUACGAAUUGCUAAAUAACCUCAUUUCACAACCAAUCUUACUUGCCAAAUUUUUCAACAUUGAGCAAGAGCAGAACAAGCAGAGAUUGCUCAUCAGUUUGAAAUUGCUCAAUUCCAACAAUGUCGAGUUGCAAACCAUUUUGGCCAAGUUUUUUGUCAAUGCAACAAACUUUGACAUGGUUGCCGAUGUACUCGUCGACAACAAAUUGAUUUUUGAUGAAGUUUUAAAAAUCACCACCGAGAUUCUCCACGACCAGAAUGAACCAGAUCUAAUCACAGCAUCGUCAUAUUUGUUAAUGAACUUGGUCUACGCCGCUGCAAACAAGAGUGAAAACAGCCUUGCCCAAAUACGCAACUAUCCCAACUUGAGAGCAGCUUGUGCUAAAAUCUCCCACAGAGGAAACAACGCAGAGAGCAAAGAAAUAAUGGACGUUGUUAAUAAGUUAUGCAAAUUCUAUUAA